ACUUUUCCCAAUUCUUUCUUGUACUGGAAAUUGGAAAACCCCUUUUCCCCAUUAUAUUUCUCGCCUAAAUCUACUCCGCCUGUAACGGCCCCGGUCACGCUCCCGCCACCUUCGAUGUCACCAAUCGCCGAUUCACCCGCUUUGAACUCCGUCAAAUCUCGCCGGAGAAUCACUCCCGCUGCGGCGGCUGACGGCGAUUCAGCUGACAAACUCGAACAGCUCCUACUUUCAUCCGCUAUCUGUAACGGCGAGGAUCUCGGACCUUUCAUCCGCAAAGCCUUCGUCUCUGGUCAUCCGGAGACUCUUUUACAUCAUCUCCGUCACUUCGCUCGAUCUAAGGAAUCGGAGAUCGAGGAUGUCUGCAAGUCUCAUUAUCAAGACUUCAUUAUGGCCGUCGAUGAUCUUCGAUCUCUCCUCUCAGACGUCGAUUCGCUUAAGUCUUCUCUCUCUAGCUCUAACGGCCAACUGCAGCACGUUGCUGCUCCUCUUUUAUCCUCUCUUGAUUCAUUCGUCGAGUCUCGAAAUGUUUGCAAUAACGUGUCUCUUGCUCUUGAUUCGGUUCAGAUAUCAAUCCAAUUGGUUGAGCUUUGUUCGCGAGCGAAUCGUCAUCUCUCUGCGAAUAACUUCUACAUGGCGUUGAAGUGCGUUGAUUCGAUGGAGAGAGAUUUCCUUGGGAAGACGCCGUCGUCGACAAUCCGGAAGAUGCUUGAGAAGCAGAUCCCGGCGAUUAGGUCGCACAUUGAGCGGCGAAUCAACAAGGAAUUCGGUGAUUGGCUAGUCGAGAUCCGUGUUGUUAUUCGUAAUUUAGGACAAAUUGCUAUCGGUCAAGCUUCUGCAGCAAGACAGAGAGAGGAGGAGCUACGUGUUAAACAAAGGCAGGCUGAGGAACAAAGUCGGCUAAGUCUGAGAGACACGGUUUAUGCUCUUGAAGAGGAAGACGACGAUGGGAUGGGAGGAAUCAGGAACGAAGGUAACGAUGCUUUUGGCAAUGGUGCGCCUGAUUCAUUGGGAUUCGAUUUGACUCCGCUCUAUAGAGCUUAUCAUAUACACCAAACUCUGGGAUUAGAAGAUAGAUUCAGGAAAUACUAUUUUGAGAAUCGGAAACUUCAGUUGACAUCGGACUUUCAGGUAUCAUCCAUGACACCUUUUCUUGAAUCUCACCAGACUUUUUUCGCACAAAUUGCUGGUUUCUUCAUAGUUGAAGACAGAAUUUUGAGGACUGGAGGUAAGCUGAUUACAAAGAUGGAUGUAGACAAUCUUUGGGAUACUGCUGUGAGUAAGAUGUGUUCAGUUCUAGAAGAUCAGUUUUCUAGAAUGCAAACAGCCAACCAUUUGUUAUUGAUAAAGGACUACGUGAGUUUGCUUGGAGUAACCCUGCGUCGGUAUGGAUACCCUAUCGAAGCUCUCCUCGAUGUAUUAAGCAAGCACAGGGACAAGUAUCACGAGUUAUUAUUAUCCGACUGUCGCAAACAAAUAGCUGAGGCUCUUGCAGCUGACAAAUUUGAACAGAUGUUGAUGAAGAAAGAGUAUGAGUAUGGGAUGAAUGUGCUAUCAUUUCAGCUGCAGACUUCUGAUAUAGUGCCUGCAUUUCCAUUCGUUGCGCCAUUUUCUUCCACAGUCCCGGAUUGUUGCAGGAUAGUUAGAUCCUUUAUUGAGGAUUCUGUGAGUUUCAUGUCAUACGGAGGACAGCUUGAUUUCUAUGACGUUGUGAAGAAAUAUUUGGACAGACUUCUCACUGAGGUUUUGGAUGGAGCCUUGCUGAAGCUGAUUAGUACAUCUAUCCAUGGAGUCGCUCAAGCAAUGCAAGUGGCUGCAAAUAUGGCUGCUAUGGAGCGAGCCUGUGAUUUCUUCUUCCGACAUGCUGCUCAACUUUCUGGGGUCCCCCUGAGAAUGGUGGAAAGGAGUAGGAAGCAAUUCUCGCUGAGUAAAGCUCGUGACGCUGCUGAAGAAAUUUUGUGCAAGUUACUUAAGCAAAAGGUUGACGGUUUCAUGAUGCUGAUCGAGAAUGUUAACUGGAUGGCUGAUGAUCCGCCACCGAACGGAAAUGAGUACGUGAACGAGGUAAUUAUUUAUUUGGAAACCCUGGUUUCGACUGCACAACAGAUUCUGCCUGUUCAAGUUCUGAAGAGAGUUAUGCACGACGUUCUUCGGCACAUAUCGGAGAUGAUUGUGGGUGAUUUGCUUGGGGAAUCAGUUAAAAGAUUCAACAUAAAUGCGAUAAUGGGGGUUGAUAUUGAUGUUCGUUUGCUGGAAUCGUUUGCGGAAAACCAAGCUAAUCUUUUACCAGAAGCAGACGUGAAUCAGUUGAAAUCUUCCCUUGUUGAGUCGAGGCAGUUGAUUAAUUUGCUGUUGAGCAAUCAUCCAGAGAAUUUCUUGAAUCCAGUAAUUCGGGAGAGAAGCUAUUACGCUUUGGAUUACAGGAAAGUGGUGAGUAUUUCAGAAAAGCUAAGAGAUCAAUCUGACCGUCUGUUUGGGACAUUUGGGACAAGGGGAUCAAAGACAAACACGAAGAAGAAGUCGUUGGAUACACUAAUAAAGAGACUCAAAGAUGCCAACUGAUGAUCAUGUUCUUCUUCCUAAUUGUAAGUGAACUCCAACUUCUUCCAUUUCUCUCUGUUGAUUCUCAUUAGAAUUCCCUCCUCCUCUCCCCCACUGUGAAUCAUCAUCAUCAUCUCAAGUCUAUCUUAAUUACAUCUAGUUUGUAAUUUUUGGAAUUCAUUAGCUGCUUUGAACAGGCCAGUUGUGAUUCUGUGUGUAUCAUAUAUCUCUCUCUCAGUAAUUGUUGUGUUGGAUUCUUUUUUUGAUUUAUAUAAUUUCAGUUUCAAGGACAUAAUUGAUGAUCUGAA